AUGGCGUCCCAGACAAUGGAGUGCCACCGUGCUGGUGCAGAGGUCUUCACCGGAGACGCCACGUGCAGGAAGAUGUCCGUGGAGCUGCUGGAGGAGCUCGGCCUGCCCAAGGGCCUCCUUCCACUGGAGGACAUCCAGGAGUUUGGGUACAACCGCAACUCGGGCUUCAUUUGGCUGGUGCAAGGAAAGAAGGUGGAGCACACCUUCAAGAAAAUCAUGCAGAAGGUGUCGUACGACGCGGCGUUCAUCGAGAAUGGCAAGCUGAGGAAGAUCACUGGCAUCAAGACCAACGCGAUGAUGCUGUGGAUUAGAAAACCUUCGAUGCCGCUGCCUUUGCUCUUGGGGAAUGAGGGAUCACCAAAUGAGGCAGAAAAUUAUGGGGACGUCAAAUCCUCAGCCGGUUUAAUGCUAAAAACAGCCAUGCUCCAUGAUCUUAUAUGA